AUGGUUUUACCUUUCGACCUGCUCAAAACGCCUACAAGACCUCCAGCUUCCCAACGACCAUCAUCCUCGAGCUCGGUUCUCCAAGAAGCCCUACGACUGAAUCCCUUUGCUAGCCGGACGGAAACUAACGUCCUUACCAAAACGGCAAAGGGGGAGGAAACAGACAGGGUAGACUUGAACAAUGACCUUAUCACUUUGUCCGGAUUAUUCCCGGAUCUUCAGUUCGAAGUCCUUCGCGAGGUCCUUGUCAAGUUUCCCGGAGACAGCAGAUUGCGGAUUUGUGUGGAUCAACUACUAACGCAUCGAACGCAAUGGGCGAGAGGGAGGUGGCACGCUCCUCCCAGAGAUAUCGAGCAUGACGUUCCUCUGCAUGCUUCCUUUAGAAGCACAGAGUACAAAUCUGCAACGCUACAACUACUCUCACACGAGUUCCGUUACCUGAGCAAGAGCACGAUCGAGGGCGUACUUGCGGAGAACAACUUCUCCUACACCGGAGCACGGCCGACCCUGAAAGAUCUUUCUACUCGGACAUGGCGGGCUACCCUUGGCAAUUUGAAUAUAUUCAAGAAGAGAAGGGAGAAUGACGUAGCUCCCACAGCGCUCCUAGGCAAGAGUGUAAGAGCAGAUGGUAGUCUCAAUACCGGUUCGAUAGAGCUGGAUGAGGAGCUGCAGGAGUCUUUCCUCGAACCAGCAAAAAGGAAAGAAAACCGACGCCAGGAAGAGCAGGACCGCAAGGUAGCAGAGGAGCUGAACGAAGCUGAGGCUAGAAGUGUGGGCGCAUUGCACGAGUGUGAGUGCUGCUGUGGUGAAGCCACUUUCGAGAAAAUGUCGUCCUGCACCACAGGCGGACACCUGGUGUGCUUCGAAUGCAUCCGUCGUACUGUCCACGAGGCAUUGUUUGGACAGGGGUGGGGAAGAUCUAUCGAUCCUGAUCGCGGCGCUCUCAAAUGUCUUGCGCCGAUUGUCGACGAUAUCUGUACUGGAGUCAUCUCUCAACCAGCAGUCCGAGAAGCCAUCCGGGCAGAAGGACCUGGCGUCGAAUCGUGGACCAUGUUCGAAGACCGGCUUGCCCAGGAAUCUCUACUCAAGUCACAGCUGACCCUUACCCGGUGUCCGUUUUGCUCUUAUGCAGAGGCAGAUCCAAGCGAGGUUUCUCACAGAAUGCCCACCCCUGCGUGGCAUCUAAAAUCCAGCAGGUCCAUCACCACUCUACUAGUCAUGGUUGUUAUAGUCGAUCUCUUACCAGUCUUAUUGUUCGUUUUUGUCAUGCUCUCCGUCUCACGACUCAUUGAGCCUAUCGGGGUAUUCCAUGCGUCGUUGCACAGGCUUGCCUUACGCAACCGUUCUCCACGCUUCAAAUGUCGCCAUCCAGCGUGCCUGAAAACAAGCUGUUUGAAGUGCCAGAAAGCAUGGCAUGAUCCCCAUACUUGCCACGAGCCGCUUCUCAUAUCCCUCCGAACCACCAUCGAAGCUGCAAGAACCGCUGCAAUCAAAAGGACAUGUCCCCGAUGUGGGCUAUCCUUCGUGAAGGCCUCCGGCUGCAACAAACUAACAUGCGUAUGCGGCUAUUCGAUGUGCUACCUUUGCAGAACAGCACUCGGAGCACCUUCGCUUUUCGACUAUCCUCGCGCUCGCAGACCCGUGGAAGACACACAUGGCUAUCGUCACUUUUGCGAGCACUUCCGUGUCAAUCCGGGCCAGCCGUGCACUGAGUGUCAAAAGUGCGACCUGUACAGAAGUGAGGAUGAAGACGCCAUCGCGAAUAGGGCAGGAGAAAUUGCCGAACGUGAGUGGCGGGUGAAAGAGGGAAUGGUUGGAGUUGGAGGACUUGGAGAGAUGCCUGGGCAUCAAAGGAACAGAUUGCCCAUGGCUGCAAUGCCAGGAGGCUGGACUUUACAGAGCGUUGUUGACUGGACCGUUGCACAGCUCAUCGAAGUGGAGGUCUGA